ACAGCACUGGUUGCUCGGCGGGGCCCGCAGUGAGUCAGGCAGCUCGGUAGGUUUCAUUUACGGGUUUUCUUGUUAGCAAAACGAAUCCAUAAUGGAAAAUAACGAAGUUUAUGACCGUCGAUGAGGUAUAAAGCGGACUGUGUGCUGUGAGAAGGGAGCCUCACAUGGAUGGACAGGUGCAAAGGUGAAAAUUGGGUGAAAUUGCAGUAACAUCCCCUAAACCAUGUAUGAGCCACGGUACUACGAUAGCCCCCCUGUGUACAGCCCGCCUUACAGCACCACCUCCCAAGGCUUCUACCCUUCAAGGAGUGUUCAUUCCCCCCAGAGCCAGUAUGUCCCCUACACCUAUAAUGUCCCUCCAGACUCCUACUACAUGGAGGAGAGGCCUCAACACUUCUACCGCUGGUUUUCUCCUCCUGGUUUCGUCAAAACCUUCCAAGGAGCUACAGUACUCAUGUGUUUCCUCAUCUUCGCCUGCGUGGCUUCCACCUUGGUGUGGGACAUGAAUGGAUUUGGGUAUGGGGGCUAUGGUUUUGGGGCUGCAGGGGGCGUCGCAGGUACGGAGUUGGGAUAUUACGGGGGCAGCUACGGCUACGGUAGCUCUUACAUGACGCCACAGUCUGCAAAGGCUGCGAUGAUUUCCAUGGUGGCCAUUAACUUCCUGGUUUCACUGGGGUUCCUGGUGGGGAGUUUCUCACGAUCACGGAUCAUGCGGGGAUGCAGGUUCUACCUCACUGUGUUCAUUAGUGAUAUCAUCUUAGCUGUCCUUCAGGGCAUCAUCGACAUCAUCUUUGUGAUCGGGGUGAACCCGAUGUCUCAGAGCUCACAGAGCAUGCUGUACAAUCCCAUGCUAAUGAUGUGCCAGAACAUCCAGGGCAGUCCCAGCCUCAGCGGCAGCGUGGGGGCCGGUUUUCCAGGGGGGUUCCCUAUGUACAAUCAAUACCUGCACCACUACUGCUACAUGGACCCCGAGGAGGCAGUUGCGUUAGUGUUGGGUCUGAUGGUGGUGUUGGCCCUGUCCCUGUCUGCUUACUACGCCUACAAGACCCGCAGCAAGAUUUGGCGCCACGGCAAAGCCAACAUCUACUGGGACGAGCCGCGGGUCAGGCCGUCAGAGGGGCAGGAUGUACAGGAUUGGGUGAACCAUGUUGGAGAGGCACGCAGCACCCAGCAGGCUCCGACAGCACCUGACCUCAGGGCGGAGAAUAGUGUGGUCUCCUACGGCAAUGGAACCGUCAGCAUCCACAGUGAGGGAAAUUAUAAAAGCAGUUUCUCUGCUGAUAACAGCAAUCGUCGGGGUACUGAGCCUCUGUACCAGAACAGCAGGGUCCCUGUUUGCUCCAGCAGCUCCUCAGACGAGACUGACAGUUUCAGGAAACCUCCUCUUUAUCAUGUGGAGAGGGAGCAGAGGAAGGACCUAGAGCCCAGGCCUGCUGCUCAGGAGAUGAUGGAGUCCCAGUAUGAAACUGGUUACACCACCGGAGACACAGGCAAUGAGCUUGACCGGAACCACACAGGUUACCUUUACAGGCUGUACCCAGAGAUAACUUCAGAUGAACAGCGCCGGCAGUACAAGAGGGAGUUUGACUGUGAUCUGGCCCGCUAUAAGUGCCUCUGUGCCGAAAUGGAUGACAUCAGUGACCAGAUGCACAAGCUGAGCCGGGAACUCGACGCAUUGGACGAGGGCUCUAUGAAGUACCAGGGUGUCGCAGAUGAAUAUAAUCAUCUCAAAGACCUGAAAAGGACACCAGACUAUCAAGCAAAGAAGAAGCAGUGCAAAGAAUUUCGGCAAAAACUUUUCCACAUCAAACGUCUUGUGAAAAUCUACGACCAAGGUCUUUGUUAGUGGGUCUUGCACAUUUACAGGGUGUGACCUGGCUUAACAAACAAGGAUUUAUCCUCCAUUUCCUCUUCAGAUUUACUGCUGUGCUGUUGUAAUUGUCACUGUUUAGCCCAUGUCAACCUCAUACUGGUCUUACUGUCAUUGAACCUAAACUGUCUUUGACCCUAAUGUUUACAACGUCUGUAUUACUUUUGCAGCUGUCAGAGCAGAUUACUGUCGAGAUAGAGAUACUCAGACUUUUUCUCUGUGUGGUUCUAACAUAAACUCCUUGACAACACGGCUGUUUUAACAUUUGAAUUUGUUUUAC